CGUGGAUGCACCAAUAAACUGCAGCAGGAAAUGCUCACGUGACACAUAGCGUUAGAAUGGCAGGAGACUCCGAAUCCAAACUGCAGCUGGUCCAAAGACACAUUCGAGCUUUUCCAGACUUUCCGAAGGAAGGCAUCGUGUUCAGGGACAUCUGUCCCAUCCUGAAGGAUCCAGCUGCUCUGACAGCUGUGAUUGACCUGUUUGAAGAACAUGUGAGGAAGAACCACCAGCAGCUGGACCUGAUUGUUGGUCUGGAUGCUCGUGGUUUCCUGUUUGGGCCUCUCCUUGCCCAGCGGCUGGGCCUCGGCUUUGUCCUGGUCAGAAAGAAAGGCAAGCUGCCUGGAACCACCGUGUCUGUGGCAUACGAUUUGGAGUACGGCAAGGCAGAAGUAGAGAUCCAGGAGGAUGCUGUGGCUCCAGGACAGAAGGUCCUACUCAUUGAUGACCUUUUGGCUACUGGAGGGACAUUGUAUGCGGCCUGUGAGCUGAUGAAGAAGCUGCAGGCGCAGAUAGUGGGCUGCCUGGUGGUGAUGGAGCUCAAAGAGCUGCAGGGCGCUGACAAGCUGAAGCCCCACUCCGUGUUCUCCCUGCUGCACUACUGAAAGCAAAGGCCGAGUCGGGUGCUUCCCUUCAAUCACAUGUUGAUAUGCAUGUGGUGCUGAAAUCCAUCUUCGAGAUGACGUCUAAUUCUGCCUACUAAGCAAAGAAAUACAUGAAAAUAUAUCAUUUGUUUCAAAGCUUUUUUAAAUAAUACAAUCAAAUAAAUGUUGCAAAUAAGACCAGCAGAGACUAAAUUGAGAUGAUUGUGUGCAGGCAGCCUCUUGACUGAAGGCUUUCCAUGGGAGUAAGUCAGAAGGGAACAGAGCAGUCACUGUUGUGCUCCUGAAGGAUGGGAUGUGGCUCAAGUAAAAGAUAAAAAUACUAGUGGUUCGAUGCAUAAAACGGGUCCAAUCAAAGAUAAUUAAAUAUAUUGGUUUUUGCAGGUCUUUUCAUUCUGUCAUUUUGUUGGUGAUGCUACACUACUGACAUGAAAUGGUAUUAAACAACUUGAAUGUUAGUGGUAUCUGCAUAACUCAAACUAUCCCUGUAAGAGCAUUGUAGAGAUUGACUCAAACAUUGUGUCCUUGGUCGUCCUUGAUGGAAUAUUUCUGUAUUAUUUGGACUUUGAGUUUCAAUCCACAACAUGCAUCUUUCUUUGUUAGUGUUUGGUUGAAACCUUGUUUGAAAGCCUUCUUGCUGAAUGAAAUGUCUGUAAGUAGA